AUGUCUUCUCCAAAAGUGAAUUUAGAAGAGUACCUGAUCCCAUUGGAGGAGAUCCUUAUGGCCACCCGAAACUUCAAUCCGAACAAUCUUAUUGGACGUAGUGAUUUAUUUGGUGACUUCUACAUAGGACAAUUCUCAGAACGGUGGCAAAACCGCACACUUGCUAUCAGACGCAAAUAUUUCGGUGCUUUCAAAGGACUACCUGACUUCGGUACUACUGAAAUUGCGUAUCAAUGUAUUAGCUGGAACUUAAAGGAUCGCCCUACAAUGAAAACGGUCAUCAAGAAGAUUCAGGAAGCACUGAAUAUUCAAAAUCCUGGAGCUUCUCGAACCAUUACCCAACCGCGGUACCAACAUGAAACUCUUGAAAGCUUUUUAAUUCCAUUGGAGGAGAUUCUCUCGGCCACUCAAAACUUUAGUGAGGAAUCUUAUAUUGGAGGUGAUAGAUCUGGUAAGGUCUACAUAGGAGAACUCUGGCAAAAACGCAAAGCUGCCUUCAAACGCCUUAAAAAGAAUAGCUACCGAGCAGAGGAUGAUUUCAACAAUAAGCUUAGGAUGGUUCCAGUUUCCACCAUGAAAACAUCAUUGGUUUCAUUGCAUCUCCAUGAACCUGAAACCAAUGGGAGGCAUUGCCUAACAUGGAAACAACGUUUAAAGAUCUGCGUAGGGGCAGCAAGAGGACUCGAGUACUUUCAUUCAGGUCUUGAGGAGGACAAUAAAGUAAUUCAUAGAGACAUAAACUGUUCAAAUAUACUGUUAGACGAUGAUCACAAAGCAAAAAUUAGUGAUUUUUCUCUGUCACUCAUAGUAGACCGAAAUCUUCCAGAAACCUAUGACCGUGUUGCACGUACCUCAUACUACACAUAUCCUAUUUACUAUGAAAGUGGCCUCCCCAACACAAAAUCAGACGUGUACUCAUUUGGGGCUGUACUCUUGGAAAUGGUGAGUGGGAUGAAAGUUAAUCAUCGAAGGAGCAUUGGUACUGAUGAUGGGCCAUAG